AGAAAACGCAGCACCCGGCAUUUGUGAACUCGCACACGUGCUUUAGCCAGAACCCGCCUUUCCUUUCUUGGAAUUUUACGGUUCAUUGAGUACACGAUCCCUCCGCCGGGCACUAGGUCAGCCGUACAUCGCGUGGACUCAACGCCGGCUCCUUACUUGCUUUUGCGUAAAAGAUUUUAUCAAACAACGGAACGCAAACUAUAAUUAGGCGUGGUUUUAAUGCCGGUUUGCAUUCAGCCUUUGUCGAAUACGUUUUGGCGCGAGUUUGCUUAAGCGCAAGGAUACGGCAGUGCGUCGGCCUUUAAAAUGAAAUGGUCCCAGUUUGCCGGUCGCCACACCCACCACUUUCUUCUGUCUGCGUGGGCGCUGUCAUGCCGUAGCGAGGGUUUGCGGUUUUUGUAGGUUUUUUAAAUUAAUUUUAAACAAACGACCGUUUUGGAGUCGUGUACGCCGUUUGCUGACAUUUGCUGGUUGUUUUUUCGGCGCGAUUUGUGAAGAAAGGUUUUAAGAAGAUGCUGCUGGCUUGUUCUCCGUCGCACGACUGGCUCUGCGAGUCGGAACCGCUGCUUUUUGACGACGAGUUUUGUCAGAGUCUCAUGAAAGAUUUGCAGUCCAUCCCCACGCCGCCACAGUCUCCUCCGAUGAAGCCCGGACUCGUAAAACCCCUGACCACCGUGGAACAGUUGGAGUUGGUAUCAGAACUUUUGAUGGAGGACAGCGGCUUUCUCCACUUGGACUGGAAUUGUGAUUUCAAUGCGGCAGCGGAGGAUCCGCUCUCGGACGACUGUCUGUGGCACACCGGCGGGGAUAAACACAUGGAGGAUAAACUUUCAGCCGUCCUCUCCACGAGUCCCCUGCUAUCCGAUAUUGACACUCAGAUUUUUGCAGAAAUCGCGGGCUCUACGCUGGAUUGCCACAACGUGGCGCUCGCCUGUCAGGCUCUGGAGAGCGACGAUUUACCUCUGGAGAGAGAGGAACAGAUCGAGUCCACAUCAGACUAUGGUUCACUGUCCACUGGAGGAGAAUCAUCUGCUAGUGAUUCUGAUGAGGAGAUUGACGUUGUGACUGUCAGGCGGCCAAGCGCAUUGACGCGCUCUCAGCAUCAACAGCUUCUGGAGGAGCAGCAGCGUGCUCUCAAGCGCCAUCAUUUUGAAAUUCAACAACAACACAACUAUGCAGCGCCACGGCCAGCUUCCCCUCCUCCGGCCCCGCCCUCUCCUUGUUCCACCCCUUCUCUCAAGCGCAGCCGCGUGCUUGGAGACUCCCACCGGAGCGGGCAGAGCUCGGGGCGCUCCCGGAACCUCGCUUCACGGCAAGGGGCGGACAUGGAGGACGAGGAGGAGAGACGGAGGACGCACAACGUGAUGGAGAGGCAAAGGCGCAACGAGCUGAAGAACUGCUUUCUGAGACUACGGGACCACGUCCCCGAACUGUCCAGUAACGACAAAGCUUCAAAGGUUGUGAUUUUGAAGCGAGCUAAAGAUAGCAUCAGAAAUCUGGAAGCAGAGAACAAGAGACAAAUUCAGGACUUGGAGAGGCUUGAAGCGAGGAAUCUCCGGUUGAAAGCCAGACUAGACGAGAUUAAAAGACGUUGAACUUUUGGGGGAAAAGAAAUGUUUGGGACUGCAUUAACCAGCUUUGGUUACUGGUCAGAAGACCGCAACGGAGGUGUGUACUAGCAAAGCAACACUUGUUGACUGACUGAAAAAAUAUACCUCAAUGUCUGUGAGGAGAGUUUGGAUUGUUCUGAUGGAAAACAUGCAUGGUCAAUGCAAGAAUUGUUCUCAGUGUGGUGACUUUGCCAAAGUCAUAUAUUCACGAGUCUUAAUGUUUCAUAUACUGUACGUUUAAAGAUUCAUUGCCAGUUAAAAUCCUUGUUAGCCUUAAAUCAACAUUACACAUUCUACCGUUUCUUGUUAGCACACAGUUAUAUUUGGGCUGGAUCCAAAGGAUGUUAAAAACAAGGGUUAAUCUGUUUAAUUUUUAAGAUGCUGUUGAUGUCAACUGGAAAUGUAAAGUAUAUUGGAUUUCCUGCGGUUUGGAGUUAAGGGGCGUGUUCAUCACACUCUUGUUUUCAACACCACGUUUUACUUGGUCAUUUAUUGUAUGUUCCUUCCCAUUUUUUUUUUUUGUCUACCUCUACCAGGAUAAUACCUGGUUAUUUUAUUGCCUUCAUAAUGGCAAGUGUACAAUUUUAUUUUUCAUGUAAAUACAACCUGUUAAUUAUGUAUCAUAAAUUAUUUAGUCUUUUUCUUGGUUUAUUUGCAGGUUUCGAAAAAAUAGUUCUGUUCUCAUCUGCACUUUGUUUUAUAAAGUAAUAAAGAAUGGGCAAUAUAACAUGUUUGUGUUUGGGUGUGUAUUGGGGCCAUCCUAUAAAUCGUGUGUCUUAUCAGCAGACUGUUAAGAGGAAGGCGUGGCUUUCUGUGAGGUUAAAUUUUUUGGCGCGGGUCAAAACCUUUGAAGAAUGGGAAUGUUUGUGAGCUGCGAUAGAAAUCAGGCCAAGGUAACGGGUGGUUGUCAUCUGCUGGCCUGGGGGUAUUCUGGAAAGCUGGUUAUGUGACAUACCCGGGUAAGUUUAAGGGUUAGUUAGCUGAUAACCUCAACUUUUGGUUCAAAAAACGGAGGUAACUUUCUGGGUAUGUAAGUAACCAUAGCAACUCGCUCUCAGGAAAGGUAGAUUAUGGGUCCAGGGUUAGUUCAUUUCAAGGAAAUGUUACUGAUCUUCAGGGGUUGUGCGCUUUUGAUGAGCGUCAAGUGGCGUGGAAGCACAGAUUACGUAUAAUAUAUU